AUGGCGACUGCGACAAAAGGAACGAUUACGCUUCAGGGCUCGGCGCAGAUGAUUUCCGAGUUUUUGGACUUUGGAAUCAACUCGAUCUUGUUUCAGCGAAACAUCUACCCAGAAAACGUCUUCAUGCCGAAAAAACACUACGGGCUGACUGUAUACAUGUCGGAAGACGAGGAGCUGCGAAAAUACCUCGACACUGUCCUAGCUCAAGCCAGGUCUUGGAUUGAGAAAGGACAGCUGCUGCAACUUGUUCUGGUCGUUUUACACGCGGAUACUGAAGAGACCCUCGAGCGUUGGGCAUUCGACAUUGAAAAGGGGGAAAAGUUCGAAGAAGGAACGAGCGGAAAGAAGGUCGAACUCGACCACAAGCAAAUGCAAGAAGGGAUGAAAGCGGUCGUAAAGCAGAUCGUGUCGACAAUUACAUUUCUGCCGCUGAUCGAAGCUCCAGUGAUGUUUGACCUCCUUUUCUACACAACACCGGGCAUAGAGGUCGAAAACUGGGACCCAACGAAACCGCACAUGAUCAAGGGCGCCUCUGACUCGGUGAAGAUUCGCUCCUGGACCUCCAAGAUCCACACCAUUAACACUGCUGUUACUUAUAAAGCGGAGAGCUGA